CAUAACAAAACAAACUUCUCAUUUACCAUUUACACGCAUUUCUCCUUUCCCAACUCCCCAUCUCCACAACCAAAAAAAAAAGCAAGCAAAGAAAGACCCAAGACUUUUUAUAGUCACGCACACACAAUUUAUACUGAUAACAUUUGAGAAUCCAUUGAUUGAUAUUUUUACAUUACAAAUGGAUGAGCAUUCUUCAGGCGGUGAGGAGUACUUGUUGAAGAUAGUUCUCAUUGGUGACUCUGCUGUUGGCAAGUCCAACUUGCUGUCACGCUUCGCUCGAAACGAGUUUGAUACUAACUCCAAGGCCACCAUUGGUGUCGAGUUCCAGACCCAGGCUGUGGAAAUCGAUGGGAAGGAGGUGAAAGCCCAGAUCUGGGACACUGCUGGGCAAGAGCGUUUCAGGGCUGUCACUUCUGCUUACUAUAGAGGCGCUGUGGGUGCUCUCAUUGUCUACGAUAUCACUCGUACCACCACUUUUGACAGUGUCAAAAGAUGGCUCGAUGAACUCACAACUCAUUGUGAUACCACAAUGGCAAGAAUGCUGGUUGGGAACAAGUGUGAUUUGGAGAAUAUUAGAGCUGUAAGUGUAGAGGACGGCAAAAGCCUAGCAGAAGCAGAAGGACUGUUCUUUAUGGAGACAUCUGCACUUGAUUCCACUAAUGUUGAAGCUGCAUUUGAGGUUGUCAUCCGGGAGAUUUACAACAAUAUCAGCAGAAAAGUCAUUAAUUCCGAUUCUUAUAAGGCUGAGUUAUCUGGGAAUCGAGUAAGCCUGGUUAAUGGAGAUUCAUCAAAGCAAAGUCAGAUGUUCUCUUGUUGUGCUAAAUGAUUUUUGUUCCUUCAGUUUUACACUACAAAUUUAUACAGUGUUUCAUUGUGUUCUUUUCCCUUUCUUUCUGUUAGAUAAUUACCUGCCCAAUUCAGUCUCUCCAGUAAGUUUAUUUUAUUGGUUCUGGUGCUUUCAUGAAAUGAAUCUGUAUCGGAUAAGAUUGUACUUGGAACUUUAGUUUCUUUUCUUGUUUUCUAUUAUGGGGUCGAAAGUAUAAGCACAAGGAUUUGCAAUAGUGGUCUUUAGAUAUGCUCGCAUUUGCACUAGACAGCCUAGACGCAUAAUGAAUGUUUCUGUAUCUAGUACUCCGGGAAUUCCUAUUUUUCAGACUCUAAUUCAUUGAUAAGCUUCUCUAA